AUGGCUCUGAUUUUGUCGGCUGUUGAUAAUAUGCAACUUAUGUUCUGGGGUGCCCUAGCUGCUGUCCUCAUCGAUCGUGUCGGCCGAAGAAGACUCCUGAUGAUGGGAGUUAUGGUCAGCUCUGUCUGCUUUGCCUUGGUAGCAGUCGGCCUGCGCUAUAGCGGCCAAGAUAGCCCCAACCGGAACCAGAGCAUGUCGAUCAUGGCCGUCGCCUUCAUCUUUAUCUACUAUGUCUUUUAUGGCAUGUCGCUGCUCUCAAUACCUUUUAUGUACCCUGCUGAGAUUAACUCCCAGAGGAUGCGUAAUACGGGGACAUCUUUCGCCACUACCAUCAACUGGACCUGCAUCUACCUGGUCGUCGUUGUCACCCCGACGGCUAUUGAUUCCAUUGGAUGGAAGUACUAUCUUGUUUAUGCUGUCACUAACUUCUGUUUCAUCUCUAUUGUCUGGCGCUGGUAUAUCGAGACUGCAAAUAUGCCCCUGGAACAGGUCGACACUUUGUUCCGCAUCAAGCAUAAAUGUAGCGAAGGAUUCGCAUUGCAAAUCGCCACGGAAGAGAAGAGCUACCAUAUCAAUCUUGACAUCUUUCCGUGA